UGUCGCGUUCGGAAGCAGUUCGGAACAUUGGAACCCAAUUAGCAUACAGGCGAAGAAUUUGCUGGUUGUGUUCAGUAGACGUCGACACGUUUCAAUUGGAUUCGGAAUUAGAUUUAUUGAAAUGCUGCCCUUUCGCUGGGGCCUGCUACUAGGCGUCGUGGUGCUCAUAGCGUGCGCCAAUGGAGCGGCUAUCGAUCAAUCGGCGCAAAGCGAAGAUGAACUCACAGGCCUGGCUGAUUUGGAGCGAUCAAAGAGAAGCGGCAGAGGCUAUGCAAGAGGACAGACGCAGUCGCAGUACUUGAACUUUGGUAAACCCGAAGAGGACGGCAAGGCUGAGGCAGAGGCUAACGAAAGCGGAUCACGUUCCGUAGUCUCUGGUAGUCACGGAAUGGGCCAGGCCCAGAGUCAGUUCUCCUCUGGAGAUUGCAGUGGCUGUUCCGGCUAUCAAACUGGCAGCUCACUCGAUGGCAGUGGAGGCUUUGUCGGAAGACCCGAUGCUAUCAUUAGUCUUCCAGGUGCAGAUGCUGUAAGCGGACAGCCUGGAUUUGGUGGUCAACCUGGUGCCGGAAGUCUGAUUGGUGGUCAACCUGGAGCCGGAAGUCUGAUUGGUGAGCAGCCUGGUAUUGGAGGACUUCCAGGAGUCAGUGGUGGACAACAAGUAUUCGGGCCGGUAGGACCCGGUGGCGCAGGACCUUCAGUUAGCGGAGGACAAGCUGGUAUCGAUGGUGCUCAGCCCGGCUUUGGCGUUCAACCUAGCGUUGGAGGUCAACCCGGAUACGGAACACAGCCGGGAAUAGGAAGUCAGACUGGUAUUGGUGGUGGACAGCCCGGAUUUGGCGGUCAAACUGGCGUUGGAGGUCAACCCGGAGAUGGUGGACAGCUCGGAUACGGAACACAGCCAGGAGUAGGAAGUCAGACUGGUAUUGGUGGAGGACAGCCCGGAUUUGGCGGUCAAACUGGCGUUGGAGGUCAACCCGGAUACGGAACACAGCCAGGAGUUGGCGGACAGCCUGGGAUCGGUGGUAGACAGUCUGACUGGACAGGAAGUCAGACUGGUAGGGGGGGCGGACAGCCCGGAUUUGGAGGUCAAGCUGGCGUUGGUGGUCAACCCGGAUACGGAACACAACCAGGAGUUGGUGGACAGCCUGGUAUCAGUGGUAGACAACCCGGAUACGGAACACAGCCAGGAGUUGGUGGUCAAACUGGCAUUGGUGGUCAACCUGGUUACGGAACACAGCCAGGAGUUGGUGGACAACCUGGUAGCGGUGGCGGACAACCAGGAUUUGGUGGUCAAGCUGGCGUUGGAGGACAACAAUACGGAACACAGCCAGGCGCUGUCGGACAAUCUGUUAUCGGUGGUGGACAGCCCGGUUAUGGAACCCAACCUGGUGUUGGAAGUCAGACAGGUAUCGGUGGUGGGCAGCCCGGAGCUGGAGGAACUCAGUAUGGCGGUAGGCAACCUGGAGCCGGUGGUGUUUUAGACGGUCAAGUGGGUGCUCCAGGACGCUAUACAGCUGGAUCUGGUGUCACUCCUAGUGGAGCUGCUGGUGCUGGUGUGCCAGGUGCAGUUUCCGGUGGACCUGAUGACACAUUCUCUCAAGCGGCAUCCACGAUUGGCAACGGCCAGGCAUCUGCCAGUGCCGAGGGCAAAAAGAAUGGCGGAACAGCCAAGACUCAAGUAUCCGGCACAUACAGUACGGGCGGUUCGUUCAGCGCCAGUGCAAUGACCUCUGAUGCAGAUCGAGCCGCCAGCGCUCAGGUUACUGGCAAUGCUGAUGGCGCUAUGAGCCAGUCCCAAGGCUCCGGAGGACCAGCCCAGUCCCAGGCCCAAGUGCAGGUCAACAACAAGGAUGGAGGCACCAAGGCUUCAUCACAGAGCGGAGGUCUGAUUCAUCAGAGCCAGAGCGAAGUGCAGGCCAACGAUAAGGGUGGUUUGGCCGAUGCCCAGUCCAGCGGACCCGGUCAAACAUCUUCCCAAGCUCAAAUUGGCUUCCGUCCUGGUCAGGAUACCAGCUCGGCAGCGUCUCCAGGCGGCGGUCAGGCCUCUGCCCAAUCGGGCAGCCAUUCUGGUCAGAGCCAGUCCCAGAUCCAAGGAACGUCCAGCUUUGGUGUAUCAUACCAUGGUGCUGCACAGUCUGCGUCAGGAACCAAGGAGCAGGUGGAUACCUAUCGGGAACAGAAUCGAGAGCUCUUCAAUACAAUCAGCCAGUUUGGCAACAGUGGCAAUGCUGUAACCGAUCGUGCUGAUGCCGUCUUUAGUGGCCCGGCACUCACAUCUGAAUCCGAUUCAAUACCCGAGCUGCAGCUGAAGUCCACAAAGACCAGCAAGGAGGAGCCUGAGAAGGUCGAAAAGAAGCCCGAUCAGCCGGAGCCAGUGCAAUACGAAGAGGAGGAAGAGGAUGAGGGCGAUGAAUAUGACGAGGAUGAGUACUACAACGAGAACCCCGUCAAGCUAGAGGAGGGUCCUAAGGCGCCGAGCAAGAUUCAGGAUGCGGAGUCCACUCCUCAUCCACAGACCUAUACCCAGUCGUCUCCCACGCAGAAGCAGCAGGCCGUAGUGGCCCCAUUGCCAGCGGAAAAGUACCAGCUGGUGCAGAAACAGAACGGUGUCGUCAACACCUACACUGAGCGAUCAACCACUGAGUCCGUGCCCAGUGGGUUCCGCGGCACGGUUAACGUUCAAAAGAAGUUUCACACCAAGUCGCUUGAGCUGCACAACACCGAGAAGAAGGUCGAGAUCAGUGCCGACACUGACUCCGAUGCUCCGAGUGCACCCACUCGCGGCAGCAAAGCGCCUCGCGCCCCAGACAGCUAUGUAACAGUCACCAAGUCGGUGACAGGAAGCAUGGACAAUAGCAAGAACCCACCGCAGGACAACAAGAACUUCCAGUCUACGUACUACACAAAGUCCUCGACCUGCGGAUACUUCACCUUCUCCUGUAACAUUGUCUACGGUGCAAAUGGACGCAGCAAGAUCUGUCGCCCAAAGGCUCCGGCCAACGGCAAGUGCUAAAUGAGAGGGAGAAAUCAAUAACCCCACCCACCACACAUUUUAGUAGAUCAGUUCCCAAAGGGGCUCAAUUGUAGAACUCUAAAAUCUAACUGGCACC